GGAGAAAUCGCUUGUCGACAUUGAUGAUGAACUCACUGGUGUACAUUAUGUAUAAUAAGAGACUCAGAGAUAGAAAUUUGAAGAAAAAAGGAUUAAUGGAUGAUGAAGAUCCUUUGCUUUGCGAUGAUGUGGCAUCUGAUGAUGAGUGGUUUGUAGAUGAUGAAGUUGAAGUGAUGCCGUCUGAAUUACAAGAUGAAGAUUUAAAUGUUGAUUUCUUUGAUGGUCUUAAAGCAUCCACAUCCAUCACAACUCAAGAACAAAUCAAAAAAGGGAAGAGGAAGAUAACUAAUAAUGAGGAAGAAGAAGCUGAUUGGGAGAUAUUGGACUCUGUAGGAGAGGAGGAAGAGGAGAGAGCAGUUCAUCAUAAUGAUGAUUCAAAUGAAGACCUCCUUAGUGAUGACUGAUGAGUGAUGAUUGAUGACAGUGCUGAUGUUUGAUGAGUGAUGACAGUGCUGAUGACUAGUGAGUUCUUAUGUGAUAUGUCUCCCUUAUUUAUUCUCAAAGAUGUGAUAAAUAGCAUUUUUAUGUUUUAUAUAUUAUUUACUCAUUAGUAUAUACAAAAUUUAUUAUUUUAUGUUUACGCAAUUUUUUGAUUUUGAGGCUUACGGCUCAAAUCGCCUUGAGGCUUAC